AAGCUGCUUACUCCCUCUGGUGUGUGUUAUCUUUAUCAUUGUUCUUAGUUGUUUAGUGACGACCAUUUAGAGGAGGUGCAUGAUUCAUCUCUCUGUGAGUGUGUGGGGGUUCGAUUUGUUUACAGUACAUGGAUGUUUGGGAAGGCGAUGUGCCAUGUGAGCCGCUUUGCUCAGUAUUGUUCUGUUCAUGUCUCUGUUCUUACGCUGGUCGCUAUCGCCAUUGAUAGACACCAAGUGGUGAUGCAUCCAAUGAAGCAGCGGAUGUCUCGGCUUCAGGGCAUAGCCUGGAUCGGUGUCGUCUGGGUCAUGGGGUCCUGCUUCUCUCUACCUCAUGCCAUCUAUCAGAAACUGCUGCGCUUUGAAUUUGUCAAUAACAGAGUGCGGAUGGUAUGUCUGCCCAGCUUUCCACAUCCCUCCGAUCUCUUCUGGAAGUAUCUGGAUCUUGCCACCUUUGUCCUGCUCUAUGUAUUGCCUUUAGCAAUUAUCUCCUUAUCGUACCUUGUGGUUGCCAAGAAGGUCUGGUUCCGGAAUGCUGUCGGUGAUGUCACGCUGGCUCAAUCGGCCGCUCAUCGCAGAAGGAAGAAGACAACUUUGAAAAUGCUAAUUGCAGUGGUGGCCGUGUUUGCAGUCUGCUGGUUUCCUCUAAACUGUUACAUUGUGCUGCUGUCAAGUAAAGUGAUCCAGGCUAACAAUGCCCUGUACUUCAUCUUCCACUGGCUGGCCAUGAGCUCUACCUGCUAUAACCCCUUUAUAUACUGCUGGCUAAAUCACAGCUUCCGUGCCGAACUCAGAGCCCUGCCUCUAAUUGGCCGUAUAGCCAAGGGAAAUGCCAUCCAGCAAUCCUAAGGAAGCUCCCAAGAUUUUGCGGUUCUAUUUUUUCUUUUAAAAUUCUGUUGUUUUUAUAAACGCAUAUUCACAUAAGAAAGCACUGUAGCAGAUCAUCUCUCUCACCUCCCAACCUAGUGGUUUCUCAUUUUUAUCCCAUCCACAGCUCUCCUUUAGUCCUCUCCAUCUUAGUGAAAAUGACACCUAAACCCAUGUCCUUUGAAAAAAAACGUGUUGCCAUGGAAGAGAUUACAUAAAUAAGCACGGUAUGACACGUUAAAUAGAAAUUUUAUUCUAUUUUUCAAGAACAAAAUCAAAAACACUCCAUAGUGGAACACACUACAUGUGUCACGUUUCUGUGCUAUACACGCACACAAGAAUACUUUCUGUGCUAUACACGCAUCUUUUAAUAAUAAAUCCACAGGAAAAUAAACACAAGGAAUCCAGAAGCAGGAAGUAGCACAAAACACAACUGAACAAAACAAUAACCGGCGAAGGAGUGAACAGAACGGGGAGUAUAAAUACAAAGGCAAGAGAGGGACUAAUGACAUAAUUAAAUGAACACAGGUGAAUAGUAUGACAUAAUCAAGACAACUAGGGAAACUAUAGGUCAAAGGAACUAAACAA